AUGAAUCAAGAGCCAUCCAAUGUUAAUGUGGAACAAGAAAAUCAAGUAUCUCCAGAUUUAGAAAACCGAGAUCAAGAAACUGAAUUAUCAGGAUCGAGAACUAUUAAUGAAUCAUCAUCAUCAUCAUCAUCAAAAUCUUCAAUCACACCACUUGAAAGACUUAUUCCUGUUUCAACUACUAAAACACCUGAAACAAAAUUACUUGCAUCAACAACUAUUAAUGAAUCAUCAUCAUCAGAAUCUUCAGUCACAUCACCUGAAAGACUUAUUUCUGUUCCAACUACUAAAACAUCUGAACCACAUAUACCAGAUUUGGCUGAUUUAUUCACAAAAGCUUUAAGUUUCCCAACAUUCGCUGUACACAGAGAGAGAGUACUAAAGAGAAAGGACUGGUAG